GUCAUUGGGCGAGAGGCGGGGUUACACCCUGGACUGUUCACCAGCCAAUCACAGAGCUGACAUAUAGAGACAGACAACCAGACACACUCACAUUCACACCUACAGAGAAUUUAGAGUCAGCAGUUAACCUAACGAGCAAGUCUUUGGACUGUGGGAGGAAGCCGGAGUACCCGGAGCCGGAGGUCUGACAGUAAAGACCUGACCCCCCUUUGGUUCUCAGUCUGGACCUCAGAGCAGCCAGCAGAGCUCUAUAGAGGCCUUCAGACUGCGUCCUGGUUCAUGAUGGGUUAAAAGCUGUGAAGGGAUCAGCCCAUGUUGGACCUAAUCUUCUCCAGGCCAACUGGUUUGUUUUAUUAAAUAGUUUAACAUCAAAUGAACUGAUUAGUAUCCAAAUCAAAGUUUUAUAUUUUAAUAAAAAGUGUUGAAAAUGAUUCUGAGACGUAACCCUAUGAAGUUUAUUCUUUUAUAAACGUUUUUAAGAAAUAAAGCCGGACGUUCAUUUAAAACUCAAGUCAGACCUUCACAGAGCAAACAGCUCACAGCAUCAACAGACUGAUAUAUUCAGACAUGUCUCCCCCUAGUGGCAGGCUGCAGGUACUAACAGAUUUCACUGUGCAGAGCAGAAAGAACUACAAAACAAACCAACAAAAACUACAAAACCAAGCAAACCUUCUGUAGUUCGACCUCUGUUCAGUAAAGAUUCAUGAGUUUACUUCCCUGCUCGGGGAUUUGGGAUCCUUACAGACGUUCAACUGAACAGUUUUCUUAUUUGAACCUUUUAAAUCACAGAAGAUGUCUCUAACAGUUGACACCAUUCAUUCAAGACGGCAUACUUUCAGCCGGAAGGGGGCGGGGCCAGCAAUGUGGGCCGCUCUCAUCAUCAGUCCAUGUUGUUUGCACAUGACAACUUUAAUCUGAAAUAACUUCUAUAUUUAGUAACUGGGAUCAACAGAGCUGCCCCGGAAUGCAUCAUUAAAGUGGAUAAACCCGAGCGUCAUAAUUCAGAUGGAGAGAGAGAAAUACUAAGUUAGUACGUAUAAACAUCUGAGUCUCUGAGCUCACAGGGAUUCAGCCAAUCAGGAAUCAGGACUUGAAUCAGCUGCUGAAACAUUUCAGUGUGUUGGAUUGAGAAAUAGUUACUUCUUUAUAAUAAUCCUGAAAGCAGCUCUCAUUUAUUUUUAGCCUCCUGAGUCUGAAAAUAAAAAAAGAGCAUCGAGAUCGACCUCUGUUUGUUCCCCUGUUAACUCUUUUAUUCUGAAAGAUGAUAGAUGAUGAUUUCUGUCGGGUUUUGAGGUCCUAAAUCACGAAACCGAAUAGCUCUCAGAAGGUUAUCGAUGUGUGCAUCUCAGUUUUCAUUAAAACUUUCUUAAUGUCACAAAAGGUGUCCCGCAGGGUUCACUUCUGGGGCCCUUUUUACUGUAAACAUGAACAAGAAACAACAGGAGGGGUGCUGGUGGGACAGUGGUUAGAGCGCGCGCCCCAUGUACGGAGGCUGUGGUCCUGCAAGCAGGCGGCCCGGGUUCGAAUCCCACCUGUGGCUCCUUUCCCACAUGUCAUUCCCCACUCUCUCUCUCUCUGAUUUCAGACUCUAUCCUCUGUCCUAUCGCUCCAUUAAAGGCACAAAAUGCCCAAAAAUAAAUCUUUAAGAAACAACAGAAAAAGAUGAGAAAAGAACCAAGAUAUGAGAACGAUUAUUUCACUCCAUCUUUACAGAUGAUCUUAGAAAUUAAACCUGUGCCUUUAAUAUUCUGAGUAGUUCCUCUGCUCUGACCCUGGAUCAGUUAACUAAUCCUCUCCUCCCCCUCCUCCUCCUCCCCAUCCUCCCCCCUCUCCCGGGGAAUAUAAGCACCUGAGCGAGCAGAGCCGCCUCCGUCCUCUCACCAUGUUCCCCCUGCAGCUGCUCGCUCUGCUCUUCAUCUCCACGCCGAGACUCGAGAAGAAGCGACGUGAGGAAGGGGAGGAGGGGGGAGGCAGACAGAGGGGACAGAAACAAUGGGAGGGUCAUCUGAGGAGGGGAGACCUGCUGGAGGUCCCCCGCACCAUGUUCACACACUUUGGGAUCUACCUGGGGGGAGGAAGAGUCGCUCACUUCAUCCCCGACAUCCUGCCAGUCUUCUGCAGUGAUCAGACUCAGAUCGAACAGAUGGUCACCAACACUCGCCUCUUACUGGGGGUCUUUGCCAAGGUACCAGAGCGUCCAUCCAAACCAGACCGACAGGUCGGCAGCAUCAGGGUGGACUCGCUGGAGGACUUCGCCUACGGAGCAAAGAUCCUGGUCAACACCAAAGACCAGGUGUGCAGCCGGCCGGCGCUGCAGGGCGAGGAGGUGGCGCGGCGGGCAGAGAAGCUGCAGGGUCGAGUCCACUACAGCCUGCUGUGGUACAACUGUGAACACUACGUCAUGUACUGUCGCUACGGGACCCUCAUGAGCUUCCAGACCUUCCAGUUCUGUAAGACAGCCAGGAAGCUGCUGCUGAGUCGGCGUGUUGCCAAGGCGACGGCGUUGCUGGAGGUGUGUGUGCUCCUCUGUCUGGGUGGUGUGAACUUCCUGUCCGCCCUGCUGGCCUUCCUGUUGCCCUCGCUCAUCUGGAUGGCCUCAUAAACAGAAAACAGUUUAAAAAAAAACAGCACUUUAAAUGAAAUAAUGUGUAAAAGUAUUACAUUAUAACUUGAGAGUAAUAAAAGAUUGUA